GCGUUUUAAUUGUAGAUACCUGUAGCUGAGUCGCCGAUUCCUCAAGAAAUAAUCUUAGAAUCCCUGGCCUACAGCCACCUGAACAGGUUGUCAGAGAAAACAAGUGUCCCUGCACCUCAGAAGUCUGAGGGUGAUCAUCUUAUGGAAACCGUAGUGACGGAAACAGUGUUUGUCUAUGAACAAUCCAGGAUGCCUCUUUCCGACCUUGGCUGUGAGAUUGAAAGUACUUUUACUGUAUCAGACUCUGAAACCACUGAAACCAUUGCUACCGAAGACGUUGCUGAAAGUGUUAUAACAAAUGCUGAUAAUGUACAUCCCAGUAUCAACGGUCAGCACAAGGUCAGGAAAAAAUCCUUGGAUACUGAAGAUGAAUACCUUGGGCAUUGUGAGUCUGAAGAAAGUAGAGACAAAGACAAACCAGGAAGACCAAACGAACCUGUACUCUUUGCAAAAGGAGAUCCUUCGUAUAUGAAAGGGUCUCCCGAGAGUGAAGAGAAAUUAUGGCAAACUUCCUCUGUGAAGUCUGACAUUGAAUGUAGUCCUAAAAAACUUGCAUGUCUAGGUGUUACAGAUAAAUGCCAAGAUACAAAGGACAUUUCUAAUAACUACGUAGAGGUACCACCUGUUAAUGACUCUUCUAUUACAAAGCUGGAUAAAGUUCUGGAGAGUCAAUUCUCCAGACAAAAUGAGGGGGUGAAUAAUAAAAAAUGCGAAGAGGAUAAUAGGCAAAAAUACGAGGAGAAGAUACAUGACUCCAAAAAAACUGACAAAGAGCACUACCGAAAGAAGAGACAAUACUCUGACAGUAAAGACCAGAAGCAAAGCAGGAGCAAAGCGGAUGAUCGUUCCUACAAAAGGAGGCGCUCUCGCAGCAUGGAAACAAAUAAGCAAUAUCAUCAUAAGCAGGAUUAUUGCAAUAAAGGCAAGUACAGACCUUCCUAUAAUGAAAGAAACAGUCCAAAUAAUGGCAAAAGCUCAGGAAAAUACUCUCGUUAUAAAUCCCGCAGCAGAGAAAGAACGGAACAAGACAGGAAUAGGUAUUACCAUUCCAAAGGAGAGAGGACUUGGAACAGGGAAAGAUACUACCAAGAUGAAUUACGGAGAUGGGAAAAAUGCAGAUAUUACAAGGAUUAUUACUCUGUUCAUGGAACAGGAGAUGGUAGAGAGAGGAAGUCGUCUCAUUUUGAUAAAGCCUUUGACAAAUUGAGUCAAUUCUACAAAUCACAUAGGGAUUAUCACUGCAAGAGCAGAUGGGCUCACAACACUCACUCCAGAGAGGAAGGAGCCCAUCACUUGAGUAGCCACAGAGAGAACUUCCGUCAUUGUUCACUACCUCUGCAGCAGUCUGAAAAACACUCUCGGGAAGGGCACGCACCUCCACCUGCCUCAGCUCAUGCACAAUUUGACAACUCUUUCUGGGAAAAUGAGAAACUGAGGCUUGGCAAGAAGAAAUAUGGCGACGCAGAAGGAAGCGAAGCUGAAGUGGAAAAGAAACGCCGCAAGAUUGAUGACCAAAGAAUGAAAAAAGAUAAGAAGGUCAAGAAGAAAAAGAAGUCCAAAGAUAAAUAUCGAGAGAAGGAUUACAAACUUCAGGAUUUGGAUGGCCUUGUGUUCCGCAUUGACAAUGACAAUCGCAAACGGAAGAAAAAGAAGAAAAAGAAGAAACAUAUCAGGAAACUGAAAGACUUCUCAGAAUAUUUAGAUUCUCGUCUCGAGAAGACGACGCAGGAGAAGAAGAGAGUGCCCAUUUUUUCAGGCAACUAUUUAUGUGAGCAAUACAGAGGCCAGGGCAGUGAAAAAACAUACAAGGACAGGAAGCCUUCUGGGGCAGGUGACAACAAGAAAUACGGCUUCAUCCCAUCCAGUAAGUAUGUGAACGGUGAACUUUUUCAAAUGAAAAAUGUGGUUUUUGUUUUGUGCAGUGUCCCUGCACCUCAGAGGUCUGAGGGUGAUCGUCUGAUGGAAACCGUAGUGACGGAAAAUAAUAACUAUGCAGAAGUACCGCCUGUUAAUGACUCUUCUCUUACAAAGCUGGAUAAAGUUCUGGAGAGUCAAUUCUCUAGACAAAAUGAGGGGUUGAAUAAUAAAAAAUGCGAAGAGGAUAACGGGCAAAAAUACGAGGAGAAGAUACACGACUCCAAGAAAACUGACAAAGAGCACUGCCGAAAGAAGAGACAAUACUCUGACAUUGACGAGGAGAAGCAAAGCAGGAGCAAAGUGGAUGAUUGUUCCUGCAAAAGGAGGUGCUCUCACAGAAUGGAAACAAAUAAGCAAUAUCAUCCUAAGCAGGACUACUGCAAUGAAGAUCCUGAAGCAGAGAAAGAACGGAACAAGACAGGAAUCAGUAUUAUCAUUCCAAAGGAGAGAGAACCUGGAGCAUGGAGAUGGGAAAAAUGCAGAUAUUACAAGCCUUAUGACUCUGUCCAUAGAAAAGGAGAUGGUAGAGAGAGGAAGUCCUCUCAUUUUGAUAAAGCCUUUGACAAAUUGAGUCAAUUCUACAAAUCACAUAGGCAUUAUCACUGCAAGAGCAGAUGGGCUCACAACACUCACUGCAGAGAGGAAGGAUGGCAUCACUUGAGCAGCCACAGCGGAAACUUCCGUCAUUGUUCACUACCUCUGCAGCAGUCUGAAAAACACUCUCGGGAAGGGCACGCACCUCCACCUGCCUCAGCUCAUGCACAAUUUGACAACUCUUUCUGGGAAAAUGAGAAACUGAGGCUUGGCAAGAGGAAAUAUGGCAAUGCAGAAGGAAGAGAAGGUGAAGUGGAAAAGAAAUGCCGCAAGAUAGAUGAUAAAUACCAAGUGAAGGAUUACAAGCAAGCAGGGAUUCCAGCAUAA